AUGCGGCUACUGCGUAUUUUCUCAUUGGCCAGUGUGGUCCUCGGUGCUGAUAUCUUACAACUAAGCUAUUCAGAUGACAAGAAGGACAUCAUUCCCUUGGGGUCAUUUGAAAUCGACAGUGGAUCAGAUGGGAACAUUACUGUCACAACUGUUGAUGUACAAAACGUACAAGUUUCUGGACAACACUGCUUGAAUGCGGAGAUAAAGGGUAAACUAGAUAUGCCAUGUUUCAGCUACAUGAAGCUGGAGACGCCAUUGAGAUACGAUUUGAUUGUAGAUGUGGACGACAACAAUGAGGUAAGCCAAGUGUCUCUUUCAUAUAAUGAAAAGAAUGACGCUAUCGUUGGCAUGGCGAGGUACCCAGAAGCAGGUCCAAGCGCACCAGUUGCUAAAUUGAAGAAAAAAACUAAGACCUAUGCUGACAAGAAGGCUAAUAAGAAUAAGGACGGAAGUACUGCACAAUUCGAGGAGGAUGAAGAAGUUAAGGAGGUCUCUUGGUUUCAAAAGAACUGGAAAAUGUUGCUAGUUGGUCUGUUGAUUUAUAAUGCUGUUGCGGGUUCGAUGAAGAAACAACAACAAAAUACUGGAGCCGCCCAAAAAGCUGAAUAA